AAAGUGGCAGACUCUCGGGAUUUCGACAACUUCAAGUCCAUUGAGAGGGGCCUAAAGUAGGUGCGAUACUGUACAUAAUUGAGGACUCCAGUGGGCUUCGAACCCAUACCCUCUGAUCCAGAGGCAGGCAGAUCUGGAUAAGAAUUUUGUCUACUGCUGUACCCGGAAGUCACUGACACUAUGGCAGAGGAGAGCACAGAUUUCAUGGACUCUGAUGACUACACCAACGUCAUCAACGGUAUCAGGUAUCCUCCUCACGUUAGGAGGGAGAAUAUGGAAGCCAUGGCUGAGUUUGACAUACGGGAUGACGACAUCGUCAUGGUGGCUUUUCCAAAAGCAGGAACCAACUGGAUUUUGGAAAUCGUACACAAGAUCCUGGUAACCAGUGGCAAGAUUGACGCCUCUUCAUCUGACGACAUGGUUGCCAUGGGGAAGUUGGAGUUCCAAUAUUCCCAAGAGCCACGCCCUCGUCACGUGAUGCUGCAGGAAUGUGCCUCUCCCCGCGUCAUCCUCACCCACCUCGCCCCGGACACCGCCCCGCCUGGGAUCGCUCAUCCUCAAAAUAAGGUCAAGAUCAUCGUUCUCAUGAGGAACCCAAAAGACACAGCGGUCUCUUACUUCCACUUCGAGCAGAAGCGGCGGUCCAUGGACGGACGGAAACCUCUCCCCUCGUGGGACGAGUAUUGUCAGCUGUUCUUAGCUGGCAAACAUACAUACGGCUGCUACUUCCACCAUGUUCUUGGCUGGUGGCAGAGACGUGACGACCCCCACUUCUUGUUCUUAAAGUACGAAGACAUGAAAAAGGACCUUCCCAAAGCCGUGAAGACAGUGUCGGCGUUCCUUCAGGUCAAACUGGAUGACGCUUCCAUCGAGACUAUCGCGCAUGCGUGCACAUUCUCCAGCAUGAAGGGCACUUUGGAAAACUCGCGUUUUUACGACAGGGCUGUGAUCGCUAGGAAAGGGCUUGUCGGUGACUGGAACACCAUGUUUACCGAUGAACAAAACAAGUUGUUCGACCAGAAAUGUAAGACAAAACUGGAAGGGACAGGACUUCACUUCGACUUUGAAUAAGAUUAUCCACGCUAAGGGUUGAUUCAAAAAUCAUAAAUAUUCAAAGAUAUUUCGAGCGCACUUCGAGUGCGUCGCUGUCGAAAC